GUGAUAGCGGUCGUGAAAGCUGUGUAAUCCGAGGGUGACAUUGGAAUAACGUCUUAACCCAGUUUGGAAGCAUAGAGAUGGAGGAAGAACUAGAGAAGUUUCUGAUGGAGCAAAAGGAGAGGGUGGCCAAGGACAAAGCCAGUCUGUUGCUGCAGGAACCUCCCUAUAUGGAGAUCAGGAGGAGAGGUGUGAAAUUUGAUGAGCUGAAAGAAAACAUUACCCUGCCAUCACAGAAGACAACACACAACAAAGAGGAGUGUGUACGCUUGAGUUUACCUCUAGGAGAGGAGUAUGAAAGAAAAAAACAGCAACUCCAACAGGAGCUGAGGCAGGACUACAGGAAGUACAUGGUACAGAAACAGUGUGCUGAGGACUCAGGAGUAUCCUCUGGUCGCAAACUACCUCCUAAGAUGAAGGAUGCUGCCACUUUGACUACUACACCCCACACAGAGCUGGGCCCAGAAGGCUGUGUGUGUGUGUGUGAGGGUGUGUGUGUGCGUGCCCCUCAGUCCCAUACACACAACACAGGAGUGAGGUCAGGGGGACUCAGUAGUGAGGCGGAGCUUCAGAUCAAACCCAGCAGACGCCACCUGCAGAGGGAGAGAGCACUGGAUGUCAGAGCGUCAGGCGAACACACUUGUUCUACCUGCAAACAGUGGAAAAGGCAGCAGGGUUUGUUUAGAGGUCGCCUGGGUGACGAUACUGAGGAAGAGGAGGAGUGGGCUCCCCCCCAGGAACCACGCUUGGCAUUCCAGUCACCCCAUCAAGACUACAGAGUGCAGUGUGUCCCUCCUGGGCCUCCAUCCAUGCUGCAUGGACUGCAGAGGCCACCAUAUGAUGAAGCGUACGAUGCCUAUUACUAUGGCUCAGUCCCACCACUGCUUACUGAAGGACCUUAUCUUCCCAGUCAUAAGUACAGAGAAGCCAACGCACAUGAUGGAGUCCCUGCUCUGGGGGUGUGUUCUUCAGUGAAGAGUAGACCCAGCAAAGACGCAGACAUCGCUUACAGAGAAGCCCUCAGGCAACAGAUAGAGGAGAGAGCCCAGCGUAAGCGUGUUGACCGUGAGCAGAGGUGCGAGCAGGAGGCCCGUGAGCAGGCGCACUUUAGGACCCAGCAGCCCUGGGGCCGCGGUGGAGGAGGAGCUCCACUCAGGGACAUCACAGGGAACCUCAUCACUGAUCUGAAUCAGAUGCAUCGGCUGAAUGAAGAGGCUUACAUCAAUGGCAGCAAGUUACAGCAAGCCUCAGGUAAGGGGCGUUCACACACUCCUCAGCUUGCCAGCUUGUUUUCUGAGCUUCCUUCAAGUAGUCAGCAGCUGGAACAGGACAAGUACAAAGCCUACCUCAAGCAGCAGAUUGAGGAUAAGCGUCGGAGGAAGGCAGAAGAGAGGGAGCGAGAGAGAGAGCAGGAGGAGAAGGAGGAGAGGAGGCUGGCUGAGCAGAGAGAGAGAAUCCAGAGAGAAUACCAGGAGGAGGUGGAGAGGAGGAGACGCAAGGAGCUAGAGCAAAAGCUGCAGAAUGAGGAGCUGAUGGUGCAGGCGGAGGAGAGGAGGAGGAGGGAGGCUGAGAGGAGGAAGAGGGAGGAGGAGGAGGAGGCGUCCAUAGCACUCAGGAGGCAGCAUGAGAGACAGAGAUACACACACACACACCAGGUCCAGAGAGCUCCAUCGCCCCCCAUCCCAGCACUGCAGAGAACACACACACACCACUACAGCCACAGACCACCGACCGAGGACUGUUCUAUUCCUGGUCUGCAGUCGCCUCCGGUACCAGCCUGCAGAACCCAAAUGAGAGCUGCAGACCCCAGGCAGAGCAUCCUGUCUGAGUUGUGUGUAUUGCGGAGGAGGCUCCGCUCAGAGCAGCAGAAGCUGGAGGGGCAGCUACUACAGGAACCCGACUCACCACCACACGACAGGCACAAGGCAGACGUGUUUGACAUGGCCAGACUGCGCAUGCAGGCAUCCGUCAGAAGACCUUUUCCCAGAAGCUGUGAGCCAUACAAGGACAGAGAUGCUGAUACUACAGGAGAUCUAGACUACCAGGCAGCACAUAGACAGCAGCUACGAACAAGCAGCCCAAGAGCCACUGACGAUUUCCUUGGCCUGUCUCCACCUCUGCCCCCCACAUCACAGCAGCCAAGACGGAGUGGAACGGAAGAUUGUAUGGGGGGUUCAUUAUUAGAGUCUGAGAGCGCUUUCAUAGUUCAUAGUGGGAUGCUUCCGGUGCCCCCAGAGGAGAUGAGAGGGGCUCCCCUUUCAGCAAGAGAACGACGUAGACUAAAGAAUCAACAAAGCAACAUCUGGCCUCGCUCUACAGACUCCCCACCAGAGCAGAACUUCAGCGUGAGGCUCCGAGAUCGAAACACUCUCCACCCGAGGAGGCGGAGUCAUAAUACACACCCCACAGGUGACCGCUGCAUUGGUGAGGACGCGGCAGCCAGACUGGACUCACGGGAAUGUGUUGCUCAGCAGCCAUGGUUACACACAGAGUCCGCAGCCAAUCAGAGAAGCCGGCAGAAGGAAUGGAAGCAGGCAUAUGGUUAAACACACACACACACAUUGAGGCAGACAUGCUGACGUUCACACACUAAUACAUGAAGCAGAAACACACACACACACACACAUUAGCAGACAUACCAGCUGUUUUCAGACAUGCACUGAACUCAAACGCGUGGGCUGUACAUGUGAAGCAUUCAAGUUAUUUGCCCCAGAUACUACCCCCCAGAAUUAGGUCUGCGUCUGACAUCACCCGCAUCUGAAAUCACACGCAUCUGACAUCACCCACGUCUGACAUCACACGCAUUUGACAUCACCCACGUCUGACAUCACACGUAUCUGACAUCACACGCCAGUGUUUUUCAUACGUUGACUAAUCUGUGGCGGGGCGCCAUGAAAUCAAAACCGGCCGCCACACAUUAAUAUUCUAUGUUUAAUUAAAUUAAAUUAAAUUUAAAUUAAAUAUAAGAUCAAAUCCUUGCA